AUGGGUAUAGGUGCAUCCUUUCAAGAAGCGGCUAUUAAGCUCAGGUUGCCAGAAGAAGAUGAUGCAAUUGAUAAGUGCUUAGCUGAGGCAUGUGAAGUACAAAUGCCUCCUGCUAUCCGUCGCCUUUUCUCAACUGUCCUGAUUUUUUGCCAACCAAGUGACCCAAAUGCAUUGUGCUUAAAAUACUAUGCUGCCCUCUUAGAAGAUUUUAACCACAAAUUUUCAAAUUUCCUAGAGAAGGUUAGGCAUCUUACCGCUAGAGCAGUCGAGCAAUAUUUGAAAGCCAUGGGCAAGUCGCUUAAAACAUUUGGCUUGGAACACUUACAAGGUCAAGAAGAUGAUGAGUUCCGGAGGACAAAGGAUAUUGCCGAUGCACUAGAUGCACCAAUACCCCAAGAUUGCAUUGAUUGUCGUUGCAAACUCAGCUCAGCACAACAAAAAGCAUUUGAUGCAAUAAUCCACCAUAUUAAACAGGGCAAGCCUGGUGCAUUUUUCAUAGAUGGCCCUGGUGGAACAGGCAAAACGUUCUUAUACAAUGUGCUCUACGUUGAAGUUCGCUUGAUGAAUCAGAUAGUUCUCCCUACUUCCACUUCAAGUAUCGCUGCAUCUAACAUACCCUUUAGAAGAACAGCACAUUCCCGGUUCAAGAUACCUGUUGUUUCAGAUGCUAAACUGGCUUGUAACGUUCCUAAACAGGGCAGCCUAGCUGCAUUGAUACGGGGAGCAAGUUUGAUCAUUUGGGAUGAAGCUUCAAUGGCAAGGAAAGAAAAUGUCGAGUCACUAUAUUUGCUCCUCCACGACCUGUGUGAUGCAACUCUGCCUUUUGGAGAUAAGAUCAUUGUUUUUGGUGGAGACUUUCGGCAAGUAUUGCCCGUUGUGCCCCGCAAAUCACAAAGAGAAGCUGUAAAUGCUAGCUUAACUGAAGAAAAUGGAUUCGUUCUACUGCCAUUUGAAAUUGUUAGCAACCCCGGGGAAAAUGAUGAUCCUAUAAAUGAGAUAACCUCAGUGGCAUUUCCUGAACUUGAUAUAAACAUAUUCACAACAGAUAUAUUCACAACAAGGGCAAUAUUAACUCCCAUGAAUGAUGAUGUCGAUUCAAUUAAUACAGUCCUUAUAGAGAAGUUCCCUAGACAAGCUGUCAUUUAUAAGAGUUUUGAUAUAAUUCUUGAUGAUAAUUGUGUAGUAUAUCCUACCGAGUUUAUAAACAAGCUUUGUCCUGGUGGAAUGAGCCCACACGAACUUGUGUUGAAGGAAAAUUGUCCAGUCAUAUUACUCCGUAAUAUCUUGCCUUCUGUUGGGUUAUGCAAUGGGACACGUCUUAUAUGCAAGCGUUUCUUCCCCAAAUUAAUUGAAUGUAUGCCAGUAAGCAUCAACGAGACUCAUAGGAUCACCUAA